UGCAUCCAUUUCUCCAUCACUCCAGCGCCUGCAAGAUUGAUUUUCACUCUCCAAUCUCCACAAACCUCAACCUCGUGUCAUCAUGUCUGAAGUCCAGAAGGCCAUGGGCCACCUCAUCAACGCCUUUCAUAGAUACUCUAAAAAAGAGGGGGACGAACUCUUCCUGAGUAAGGGUGAGCUGAAAGAGCUGCUUGAGAAUGAGCUCAAAGAAAUGCUGGGGAAUUCCGCUGACAAGACCGCAAUAGAUCGCAUCUUCAACGACCUGGACCAUAACAAGGACAACAAAGUGGACUUUGCGGAGUAUACGGCCAUGGUGUGCAGCCUCACGCAGAUGUGCCACGAGUUCUUCACGAGCAAGAAGAAAUAGGGACCAGAGCGCCACCUGGAGGCCAACACAGAGAGGUGCCUUUCUGUGAAAAAAGUUUCUCUAGCUAGCUGUUCUGAAAAAAGAAUAAAUAUUUACUACUGCUUGAAGGCACUAACGGAAAAAAUGUAUGUCAAAAUGCAAAAUGAAAUAAAUGUUUCUUUUUCUUCUUUGGAAA